CGUCGCCCGGCGGGAGUGGUCCGGGAAAUCACUUAUUCCCGGGCCCCGCCCCCUCCAGUGACAGUAGCUGCUCGGCACCGGCAGCGGCGGGAGGUCAUGGCUCCGUCUCACGUCCUGCGCUGUUGCCAGCGAGUGGUCGGUUGGAUCCCGGUGCUGUUCAUCACGCUGGUGGUGUGCUGGUCCUACUACGCCUACGUGCUGGAGCUGUGUAUAUUUACAAUAAAGUCAGACACUGAAAAGGCUCUAUACCUGGUGUUCUUUCACCUGUUUUUUAUAAUGUUUGUGUGGUCGUAUUGGAAGACAAUAUUUGCAAGUCCAGCUAACCCAACCAAAGAGUUCUGCUUAUCCAAAUCUGACAAGGAGCUGUAUGAGAGGGAAGAGAGGCAGGAAAUCCAACAGGAGAUCCUCAGAAAAGCUGCUAAAGAUUUACCAGUCUAUACCUCAACAGCUACAAAAGCAAUCAGGUAUUGCGACAGAUGUCAACUGAUUAAACCUGACCGAUGCCACCAUUGUUCAACCUGCGAUGUGUGUGUGCUGAAGAUGGAUCAUCAUUGCCCUUGGGUGAAUACCUGUGUGGGAUUUUCGAAUUACAAAUUCUUCCUGCUGUUUCUCAUGUACUCCUUGUUCUACUGCUUAUUUAUUGCUGCCACAGUGCUGCAGUAUUUCAUUCGCUUUUGGACGCUUUGCCGCAGCAAAUCUGAAGAGUCUUGUCCCCAGAAUGAGUUACCAGACACGCGUGCAAAGUUCCACGUCCUUUUCCUGUUCUUCGUAUCGGCUAUGUUCUUCAUCAGCAUACUGUCCUUGUUCAGCUAUCACUGCUGGCUGGUAUCAAAAAACAGGUCAACUAUAGAGGCUUUCCGUGCUCCAUUUUUCCGAACAGGACCAGAAAAAGAUGGCUUUUCUCUCGGCUUCAGCAAGAAUUUGAGAGAAGUGUUUGGGGAUGAAAAGAAAUACUGGCUACUGCCUGUAUUUACAAGCCUGGGAGAUGGAUGUUCUUUCCCCACACGCCUUGUGUUUGGAGACCCAGAGCAAAAUGUUGCAGCAGUUCAAGCUGACAUUGCUAAGCAUGCAGGGCCAAGUCAACCUUUUCCAGCCAGGCCGCUGAGUGAGUCGCAGAACAGGCUCUUGGGAAGUGACACUCAUUGGGCUGACGGGAGCGCUGGAGAAGAUCACACACAAAAAGAAGAAACUAGGAGCCAUGUAUCCGUGUGUGUGGAGAGCUGAUCGUUGCUGCAGCCAGUCCUCAAACUGGGUAAGAGGCAGCCAGCUGCACACAAUGUGCUGGAAUACCAUGUAUCCUGGUGCCACGAAACCUUCAUGCAAAACGUCCAGAGAGCAGUGUUUCCCAGCACUGCUGAGAUUGCCUCAGAAGCACCAUCAAAAGAUAACUGUUGCCUUAAUAUCCUCAUAGUGCAUUAAUGCAACAUAAUCACCCUUUUACACAAUGACUUUUAUUGCAUAGCAAUUUUUUACUUUAACCUUAUUUUGUCCUAUCGACUUCAGUGUUUUAGUCUGCAUCCAACUUUUACAAUGCAAUAACCCCCUUUCCAAGUAUGGUAUGUCUACAUCGUCCUGUUUGAAGCAGUUAUUGCCAAGACUUUGUUAUACGGGAGACCAGGCUGCAUGGGGCUAUGCCGAGGCCUGGCUUUUGUACCAGCACCAUCACUGGUCAGAACCCAAAGGAUAUCGCUAACCUGUGCUAGUUCUGAAAGGUCCUGACAGCCUUGCAAGUGGAUAACUGGUACAAAGUUCAUAUGCAUGAAGUUAAGACAUUCAUUUUGUGGACUCGACCAGUAUUUAGGACUAUGCUGUCCUUGCUUCCUACAGAACCAUUGACAUGAUCGGUAUCGCCUCAUGGUGGGCCUAACUUUUACAAGUUCAUAACGAAGAAAAAGUUGCUUUAGUGGCCAGAUAUUUUCUUUUUAAGGUUUUAGUCCAGGUUAGGAAAUGGAGAGUCUGGUUGCUACGGACAACACAUAGCAUUUCUCUUUACUACAUGACGUCCUGGGAGGGCUAUUUAUAAAACUGUAGUGACGGGGUGUUGCCUGUAGCAGCUGAUCAGACGUUUUCUGUAGGUUUGGGUUAGAAAAAUGCUAUCUAGAAAGCUGCUGGUACAGGCAGUGCCUCUAUUUUUCUGCAUGAUUUUAUGUUUCUGUAAACAUUUUGUAAUGUGUGCGCUAAAUGCUUCGGCAGAAGUUGUAAUAUGUUUUGUUGCAGUUUGGCUGAGGAACCAUUACCUAUACAGACCUAUACAAGGUUGCAGCGUUUUGGGAAAACCCAUGACAAUGACCAAUAGAAUCUCCCUGAAUCUCUAAUUAGCUCAGACCAUAGCUACGCUUGGAAUUGAUAGGCUUUUCUGUGCGUUUCAAAGCCUUGCAUUGGAAAUUCUUUAAAAACAAAUGGAUUCCUGAGACCAGGGUUGGAUUGUGUCACCAAAAAAAUAAAACCAGCAGCAGGAUAAGCAGAACCAUAUCUGUUAGACUAAUUGAAAAACCCCUUUAAAGGGCCAGUAUUAUUAAAAUGUUUAUAUAAAUGAGUUGCUAAUAACAUCUAUGUACACGUUUACGUAAUUAUAUCUGCACAGGAAAUUAGAUGUUGGACAUUUCUGUAGUUUUGCUGUACAGCUUAUUGCUCUAAAUCCACUGCCAUUUUAGAGUAAAUGAGGCCUAACAUUGACUAUUUGUGGUGAGGAAGUCAAUUAUUCUGCUAUAUUCCACCUUCAUUUUAAAGAGAACCUGUCAGUUGUCUGUCGCAGACGAGGUUCUAGCGCUGGAGGCUCCAAUUACCCAGCUCCUGAGCCGCCUUGUGUGCGGUGACUUGUCUGUCCCAGCACCCCUUCUGUAUUUAGGUUUCAGUACCCUCCAGCAAUAACUGGGAGCCUUGUCUGUGGAGGGUAACGGCAGUAAUGAAGGAUCCCCUUUAAAGCUCACCGCAUACUUAUUUUAGAAUAAAAAAAAAUAAAUCAGGUCUUUAGACAUUUUCCUGUGCACUUGACAUGCACCCUUCCACUCUUUCCCUUGGACAUCAGAUGAUUACCCAUUUCAGAUUAAAGCCGUUAUAAAGGCCAUGUUAGAUUCACCUGCUCAAACCCUCUUCUUCUAGGGUCCCACACUGGCACUCUUGGCUCAUCCUCUUCUGUGUCUGCCACCACAGCAAGCCGCUUACAAUAAGGGCCAGUCGUGUGGGCUAGCCCCUCAGCUGGGCUGUGUGUGUCCAUAGAUGGACACCGCUCAGCACCGUCCCUGCCCUCCACUUUUCAGCAGCUUGGAAUUUGAUUUACAGCAGCAUAAGCCAAAAGCUUCUGCUGCCUUGGCCAAAACCUGAGAGAGCAGCUACAGACGGGCAUAGCACUGGAUCGAGUGAGGACUUUAGUAUUUAGGGAGGAGGGGCAAUACGGCUACUAAAACACUUUGUUACUCUAAUGCAAGGAAUGCAUUAAGGUAAAAAAAAGUCUUGGCUUUUAGAACCCCCUUAGGGAGUAGUAGCUCAGUAAUACACUGGUCUCCUGGUGCAGUUGUGUGCCAAACUAAGUGGGGGUCAUGUGUGAACUGUUUUUCCUCCAUUCUGUGUGGAGGAACAUCUGUCCAUACCCUUUUUGCUUGUGUGUGAAUUGGUGGUAUGUGGUAUAGCUGUCUGAUACACUUAUGAUAAGGGGGCAGGAACUUCCUCAAAUACUAGAAUUUAUCUACAUUUGUGGGGGAAAAAAACGCCCAAACAUAAUGGCUCUGUCCCCUAUCAGCUUUGUAAAAUGGAACAGUAUUUUUUCGGCAUGCACGUUAAUAUGCAUUGUAUUGGGGCAGCCCAAUAGUUGAGGAUGGGCUGCCAAAUGCAUGGUAAUAGAUAAA